AUGGGCUCGUUCCAGCGUUUCAUCAGGUAUGGCGGCUGGCGGAGGAACGCGCUGCUCGUCAUCAUCGUCGUCUUCACCUGCUCCUACUCGAUCGUCUUCAGGCUCGGGAACCCGUCUGCGCCAGCCUCUUCCUCCAGCGAACUCAUCCCGCUUCCCAACGACCCCAACUGUCGCCCCCCGCCGGGACAUCCCAGCAUUCGGUAUGCGCUCAUGAUCGACGCCGGCUCGACGGGAUCCCGAAUACACGUCUACCGCUUCUCGUACUGUCUCCCAGCCUCGACGACUUCCAGGAGGCCCUCCUCGGCCUCCAUCCUCCCGAAACUGGAGAACGAGCUGUUCUUCAAGACUCAGCCAGGCCUGUCCAGCUAUGCCGGCCGGCCGAUCGACGCCGCCGAGUCCCUCCGUCCACUCCUCCAGGCUGCCCUCGACGGCGUCCCGCUCGAACAGCGCUCCUGUACCCCGAUCUCCGUCAAGGCGACCGCCGGCCUCAGACUCCUCGGCGAUAGCCAGAGUAAGGAGAUCCUCGACGAAGUCGCCCGUUGGCUCCGUGCCUCUUGGCCCUUCAAGUUAUCCCCCUCCGGGGCAGUCUCGAUCAUGGAUGGCGCGGACGAAGGCGUCUAUGCCUGGGUGACGAUCAACUACCUCUUAAAGACGAUCGGCCCGAUUCCAGCAGGACAGACCAAGAGCCCCACGGCAGCAGUGAUGGACUUGGGAGGGGCGUCGACGCAGAUAGUCUUUGAGCCAGUGCGAACGAGACUCGAGCCUGGAGCACACGUAUACGAGCUCGCAUUCGGGGGCCAGACGCACGCCUUAUACCAGCACUCACAUCUCGGGUAUGGAUUAAUGGAAGCGCGACGGGCGGUGCACCAGAUGGUGGGCUACGCAGAGGUGUGGCGGCGGAAGAUCGAGUGGAGCGAGCUCGCCAACCUCGGCCCACUCGGGAACCCCUGUCUCCAGCCACUCGUCUCCCGCAAGGUCUCCCUCGUCCCCGCCGCCCCUCAGUCCCCAUCCACGACGCCUCCUCAGAUCGUCGAAUUCAUUGGCUCGGGCGGCGGAUUCGCUGCCUGUCGCAGAGUCGUCGAGCUCGUCAUCGGCAAAGAUGCCGUCUGUAAACUCAAGCCUUGCGCCUUCGGUGGCGUCUAUCAACCUAGUUUCGAUGUGGCUUUUGCCGACGGACCCAUCUACGCGUUGUCGUAUUUUUACGAUCGGUUGAACCCGUUAGGAAUCAAGGAGAGAUUUACACUGGGGGAGCUCGAGCAGUUGAUUGAGCCGAUCUGCAGCCGGACGGCGGCCGAUGGGGGCAAAUUCGAGCGGGAGAUCGAGCGCCUCCGGGCGGCGGCCCGGGCCAACAAGGCGCCCUCCGCCCUCCGCGACCUUGACCUCCAGAGUAUCCUUGCCGAGAUCGAUGACCGGCCCGAAACUUGUCUCGACUUGUCCUUCAUCUUCGCCAUCCUUGACCUUGGCUACCAGGUCGAUCAUAAUCGUCCUAUCAUCAUCAGCAAGAAAAUCACCGCAAUCGAACUCGGAUGGGCCCUGGGCGCGACGAUCGACUUGCUCGAGAAAACCCCGUUCAACGAUUGUCCGAAGUCGUAA